ACGGAACUCUCUUACCUAUGAACCAGGUCAUUUCCAAGAGAGAUGGGAGGGACAUUUACGAAGCUGGGACCGGGCCUGGCAUGCGGGGCCUGUCUGCUCCUGGGCAGGAGAUGAAAUAAUCUCUUUGAGGGGGCAGUGCCUUGUCUCGGAGCAAUUGGAGGAGCAGCGCUGGCAGCGCGGAAUGUAGAAAAAUGUUCUGCAAGGGCAGCAUGAAGCGGACAAAAUCUGGAGCAAAGAAGGAUUUUAUGCCGUUGUCAUAUUUCUCAGCAUCUUUGUUAUGAUAGUAACAUGCUUGAUGAUUCUUUACAGAUUAAAAGAAAAGUUUCAGCUUUCUUUGAGACAAGAUAAAGAGAAAAAUCAGGAGAUCCACCUAUCACCCCUCGCUUUACAGCCAGCACAGUCUGAGGCAAAGACAGCCAACAGCAUGGUCCAGCCUGAGCAGGCGCCGAAGGUCCUGAGUGUGGUCGUGGACCCUCAAGGUCGACACGCUCCUGAGAUCAAAGCUACCACCUCUGUCUGCCCUUCUCCUUUCAAAAUGAAACCCAUCGGACUUCAAGAGAGAAGAGGGUCCAACGUAUCUCUUACAUUGGACAUGAGCAGCUUAGGGAAUGUUGAACCCUUCGUGGCUGUUCCAACCCCCCGGGAGAAGGUAGCAAUGGAGUAUCUACAGUCAGCCAGCCGAAUUCUCACAAGAUCACAACUGAGGGACGUCGUGGCAAGUUCACAUUUACUCCAAAGUGAAUUCAUGGAAAUACCGAUGAACUUUGUGGAUCCCAAAGAAAUUGACAUUCCACGUCAUGGAACUAAAAAUCGUUAUAAGACCAUUUUGCCAAAUCCCCUCAGCAGAGUGUGUUUAAGACCAAAAAAUGUAACUGAUUCAUUGAGCACCUACAUUAAUGCUAAUUAUAUCAGGGGCUACGGCGGCAGAGAGAAAGCGUUCAUCGCCACGCAGGGCCCCAUGAUCAACACCGUGAAUGAUUUCUGGCAGAUGGUUUGGCAGGAAGAUAGCCCUGUGAUUGUUAUGAUCACAAAACUCAAAGAAAAAAAUGAGAAAUGUGUGCUAUACUGGCCCGAAAAGAGAGGAAUUUAUGGAAAAGUCGAGGUUCUGGUUAUCAAUGUAAAUGAAUGUGAUAACUAUACUGUUCGAAACCUCGUCUUAAAGCAAGGAAGUCACACCCAACAUGUGAAGCAUUACUGGUACACCUCAUGGCCUGAUCACAAGACUCCAGACAGUGCGCAGCCCCUUCUACAACUCAUGCUGGAUGUAGAAGAAGACAGACUUGCUUCUGCAGGCCGAGGGCCUGUGGUUGUCCACUGCAGUGCAGGGAUAGGUAGGACGGGGUGUUUUAUUGCUACAUCCAUUGGCUGUCGACAGUUGAAAGAGGAAGGAGUUGUGGAUCCACUAAGCAUUGUCUGCCAGCUUCGUGUAGACAGGACAAUGAAAGCCCUAGAGAUCGGUAUGGAUUUACUUGACAUCACAGUUCCUGAGACCAUAACAAGAAGUCCUCUGAGGCGGAAUGGUCCAAACCAGUGAGCAGUAUGAAUUCGUGCAUCAUGCUCUGUGCCUGUACGAGAGCAGACUUUCGGCAGAAACUGUCCAGUGAUUCUCUGAAGAUGUACCAGGCCAUCAAUCUCUAGGGGUGACUAAUCAAUUACCCACUUGACGCUUCUAGAAGAAGCUUCCUGCAAUGAAAGAGAAGCCCUGAAGUCAAGCUGUGGCAUGGACAGUGGAAGAUGGCAACACAAGAAAGAUUGCCAGCCCCUUGUGUAUGUGAAUGCAUUUGUGAGCAGCUCCUAAGUUAUUCUGAAGGUCCUAUGCUGAUGGAGGAAUGAUAGACUUCUCCCACAGCUAAGCAGGAUUUUGUUUUGUCUGUAUUGAUUAUCUGCCACCCGGAAUGUGUGUAUGAAACACCCAGUGAUACAUGUCAUCAGAUGAUGACUGGAAGAGCUGCUGAAGAAAUAAUUAUUGUGUGUUUAGAUGCUUUAAUGUUUGCAAAAUCUGUCUUGUGAAUGGACUGUCAGCUGUUAAACUGUUCCUUUUUUAAGUGCUAUUAUCUUUCUCAGUUACCAGAAUCUUGCCGCUAAAAGUUGCAAGUGAUUGAUAAAGGAUUUUUAACAAAUGAGUCCUUGUUUUUGAAAAAGAAUCAAAAGCAGUAACUAUUUUAUAUGGAAAUGUGUCUUGAUAAUAUUACCUACUAAAUGUGUAUUUAUCAGUACCUCCUAUCAAUCAAUUACAGAGCACAAUGAUUGUCGGGUAUCUAUGUAUUUAUUCUCUAUUAUUGGGCAUAGAGGUGGUUGCUUCUCCAGAACUCUAUUCACUGUAUUUCUACAUUGUGAGUCACUUUACUGUAAAAGGGAAAAACAAAUUUGUAGCAACUCUGACGUAUCAAGAACUUUAGAUACUUGUCUCUCUUUUACUAAGAGUUUUUGAGUAUGCUAUCUACCUGGAGUCUCUUGCCCGAUAAAAGGCAGUUGCUUUGGGCAUGACCACCUGUCACUUUUCCAGAGGUUCUUCUAAAGGCUGCUGCCAUGGAUAUCCUUUCAGAAAGGUUUUAAUCCUCAAGAGACAAAUAAAGCUAAAAACAACAACACAAAAACUACACUCAGCAAACACUAGAUGUUCUGCUCAAAUAUGAAUUUCUAAUGCAGCUAUGUUGACUUUGUUUCAUACUGCCA